AUGUCUAAAGUCCAAAGGCUGAGAGCUUUGGUGGAGGAGCGGCUGACUGCGGCUGCUGAAGACAUAUAUGUGCUGUUUGAAACAAUCAUAACCGAGUAUGAGGAGGAACUGUGUCGCUCCAAACAGGAGAACGAGAGGAACCAACGGCUCCUGGACUCGACUCUGAGCCCGAGAGUCGUGCUGACCAGAGCCGGUGUCCACAUGUCCUCUCUGAGUCCUGGUCUCACUCUGAAACAGGAAAUCCCAGAGACUCCACAGAUUAAAGAGGAGCCAGAAGAACAGCACGACAAACAGGAGGAAGAGGAGCUGCAAGUGUCUGUCCCUGAGUCCAAUGAUGGCUGUGUGAAGACAGAAGAGUCCUCACUGCUUCAACGAAAAGAAAGUGAUCACAGAGAGGACGUCAACUCAGAGACACAUGUCCACAGAGAGAAGACACAGGGAGAGGACGUCAACUCAGAGACACAUGUCCACAGAGAGAACACACAGGGAGAGGACAUCAGCUCAGAGACACAUGUCCACAGAGAGGACAUCAGCUCAGAGACACGUGUCCACAGAGAGGACAGGCAGGAAGAGGACAUCAGCUCAGAGACACAUGUCCACCCUGAGACUGAGGGAGACACGGAGCACUCUUCUGACACUGACAGUGAUGAAGACUGGAGAGCUCCAAUCGGCUCUUCAGCUGCACAGAUGGAGACAGAGGCAGAUGGAGACCACUACAACCAAGUCCAGAGCAGAGACAAAAGCACCACUGCACCAAACUCAAGUCUAUCCCCCAAACACAAGUCUGCACCAGAGACCAGAGCCACUGUGGACAAUGGGGACGUGUCAGGAACAGCCAAACGAGCAGCAGGGAAGAAACACCAGUGCUUACAGCUCCACAACCCUGGCAUCGAACCUACCGUCUUUGUCAUCCUCCGUCCUUAG